AUGGAAAAGACCGCAGUGCUGCUCUUUGCUGCGAUACACCUCUGGCCCACUGAGGUGGGUGGUGAGGCUGAGGUGAGAGGCCUGAAGCCCGUGCCCAUACGGUUUGUGCCGCUCCUCGACAUUAAGGAAAAGGAGUACGAGGCUGGCUUUGAGGUAACGGAGACGGAUUUGCCCUUCGUCGUUGCUCUGGACUUUAGGGGCCGGAAGGGUAAUUGGUUCUGCGCGGGGGCCAUUCUGGGCCAUUGCUGGGUCGUCACUGUGGCGUCCUGCACCAAGCACGCAUCCCAUGUGGCGAUCAGCUACGGCGCCUUCCAGCGGGACAAGUCGCUCUUUACCCUGCACGUCACCAGCAAGGCCAUACACAACAGCCCCAAGAACAAGGAAUUCAAGCACGACCUGGCCCUCAUCCGCACCAACUAUGUGAAGUUCUCGGACCGGAUCCGCGCCGUUUCCCUGCCCUCCCAGAAGAUCCGCCUGCCCUACAUCGAUGAGUGGACAUACUCGGCGGGCUGGGGGCGCCACCACGUCGCCCUGAUGAACACGAACCAGCUGCGCCUCCUACAGGUGGAGGCGAAGUCAAACCACUUUUGCCGGAAGAGCGGCUUCGGCCAGAUCAUAAUGGACUCGAUGAUGUGCACCGCCUUGGCUGAAGGCGACAACAGCUGCCUCCUGGACUCGGGCAGUCCCCUGGUGCUGCGGGACCUCCAGGUGAUCGUGGGCGUGGCCUCAUUUGCCAGCCAGCUGGACUGCCGUCAGAACCGGCUGCUGGUCUACACCCGACUCACAGAAUACAUCCAAUGGAUACGAUCCCUCAUUCGGGACGAUGUUUGA